AUGACAUCAGCAAUUAUUGUGGGCCCAACUGGCAAAGGAAAGCUCAAGACUGUAUUGGCUAUUAUGUCUACUCAAGAAUUUCAGUUCCAAGAGCCAGAGCAAGAACAAGAUAAAUCAAACAAUCUAUUCUUCACUAAUUCAGAAAGAAAUGAAUUAAGUGAUAAUCCAUUAAGGAAAGAUUCUCCUAAAACAGUUCUUCCCAAUGCAAAUGUAAGCGGAGGAAGACCAGAUAGCAAAGCCUCAAAUUACUUUAUAGCCCUAGAUUCAACUAUUGAAAGUCUUCAGGAAAGAACACAGCAACUAAUUGAUAAGAUUAAUGAGAAUAGGAAGAAAGACCAUGUACUCAUGAACAACUUCAGGGAAAGUCUUCUGAUGAAGGUUUCAAGCUUGGCAGAAAAAUUGGAGGAAAGUGUAUUUCCUGUUUAUGACCAUAAUAACAAGCUUAUUCAGGAUAAGCUGCAAGAGCUUUCUGAGAUCAUGGAGAAGAUCAGACAGAUUGAAAAUGAACUCAAGCAGGUUUGUCAUACUGUGGAGAUGAUGUAUAAAGACCUGUGUGGUCAACCUGAGUUGUAAUCUCAUGGGGAAAAAAUAAAGGAGAAAGAAUACAGUAAAAAAGAAUAGAUAAAUACCUAAAUAGAUUUGUGUGUCAGUAAGUAGUAAUUUGGCUUCUUUGAAUUGCAAAAUGGCAUCCAAAUCUAUUCUGUUCAUAGGUAAAUUUAUUUUCAAGCACUCUUUUGUUUCUUCAUUACUCAUUUGCAAAUGAGUCACUUUCUAGUUCAUAAUCUCAAUAAAAUUAGUUAUAUUAA